GUAGUAGUUGGUUACCUUUACCAGAAGAUUUAGAUAAAUCACAGCUCGGUUUAAUUAACCCACAAAAUUUCAAAGACAAUGAAUGUUUUAGAGAUUGUAUUAAUAUAUACCAUGCAAGAGAAGAUACACUAAAAGCAGAACAAAAACCUACACAUCUUGAAC